AACUUGAAUGAUCGUAUUAUGUGGAGGAUUCCGAUACAGAGGAAAAGCGAUUAUACCAUAUUCAUGGAAACAAGGGACAGGAUACAGCGACCAGUUCCACUGCGUCGCUUACAGGGUUGUUGGGAUAUUAUCAUCUGAGGGUUGAAAGUUGAGACAGCACGCUCGGUACCUACCCCGAGCUGCUGCAGCAGCGAUAGAACGCAAGGCUACGGGAAAUAUCGCCUUGGUCCAUCUCUCAUCGCCGUUUUUACUGGGUGAUGUAUGGAGAAUGCUUUCUUAAUUCGUUUUUCUUCUCCAAUACGUAAAUGGCAUUGAAAUUACAAUGCAAGUUGAAGCCGUCCUAAAUGCAAAGACCCGCGUAACAGAAUUGGGAGGAACGUACUUUAUUUAUCAUAGACGAGACGUGCUUUUGACCUCCUGCAUUUAUUCUUGCAUUACAUUCCUGAAAUUGUUAUGGGAAAACAUUACAUUAGAUGAGUUAAUCGGAGAGACAAGUUAAUGUGGUCGUAUGAGCUGUAGAUAUAUUUGGCAAGAGUGUUUCCAAGGGAUCUUACUGGCACCGAAUCAAGCUGAAAACGCGCUCUUGCUGUAGGCUACAUACGUUUCUGCAAAUGGAGAGAUUUCCCAUCUGAAAUGAAAUUUAUCGUCUGCAGCUCCACCUAAUAUUAUACAUAUUGCCCGAAAUCCGUUUUUCUACUAUUUUAAUGAGGAUUUACUGGAAUACGGAGUUAAUUGCAUUGGGUGGACAUUCGAGAAAGGCAACUACACUGCUGCAGUGCAUUUUGGUUGUCAUCUAGACUGGCCGGUGAAGACAGCCUGACCCAUGCCUCGCCCCUCACUCUGAUGGUCAGGAGUUUGGUCCUCCAAGGGGGAAUGCCCGUAUACCAUAAUGCCGCUGCCAGGCAACUGGCUCCUGCGACACUCAGCGGCCACGCGCUUGCUGUUGCUCAGCCUGGUCCUGAUGACCUUCUGCAUCCACCGCGUGACCGCCAACUGCUCCAGGAGCUGCUACUGCUCGGAGAGCCCCGAGGGAGGCCUGGCGGUACGCUGCAGCGGCUUGCACCUUCCCGAAGUGCCCCGGGACCUCCCCAACGACACCCGUCACCUCUACCUGGACUACAACCGCCUCACCACCAUCCCUACUGACGCCUUCCUUGGGCUGAGCCUGCUCAGCGAGCUGGACCUCUCCCACAACGACCUGGCCCAGCUGGAGCCGGGGGCUUUCCGGGGCCUGGCUGAGUCUCUGGAGUUCCUGGACCUCUCCUCCAACAGGCUGAUGGCCCUCAACCCCCUGGCCUUUGAAGGUCUGCGGUCUCGGGCCAACCUCACCCACAACCCCUGGCACUGCGACUGCAACCUGCAAACCGCCAUGACCCUGCUGGACCUGGAGCCCGCCUCGCUGGCCGGCGUAGUGUGCCGGACCUCCGAGCCCGAGGAGGCAGGUGUCCAGGGUCUGCCCUUCCUCCUGGCGGCCGGCGCGGACCUCUGUGUGGCCGUGAAGAAGACCACCGACGUGGCCAUGCUGGUGACCAUGUUCGGGUGGUUCGCCAUGGUCAUCUCCUACCUGGUCUACUACGUCCGGCACAACCAGGAGGACGCGCGACGCCACAUGGAGUACCUCAAGUCUCUGCCCAGCAGGCAGGGCAGGUCGGAGCACUCCUCCACCCUCAGCACUGUGGUGUGAGGACCCGUCUGCCCGGGUUCAGGGCUUGGGGUCACCUUCUGGGGCCCAGAGCCACGUCCAGGGGAACGAAUCUAAAUAAAAACCAAAUCUAUUUAUUUUGUAUAGAGCUUUAUACGGAGAAAUGUCACAAAGAUGCUUUUCAGAACGCAAGGCUUAGGGGAUACAGCUUUGCUACCUCAGUGCGGAUUCAGUAGAGCCGGGUGACAAACAGAACGAGCUCCCGCAAAGUACUGG